CUUCUCCCCAAAUGUCUCGCGGCCUCACCUCUCCAGUCUCCACGAGUCCACCGCCGUCUUCCUCCAAUGGCGAUGAGCUGCUCAGCGUUUAACUCCGUAGCAUCUUCUCCGAGAGCAUUGCAACACACGAGAUUGAGAAAAAUCAGCACCCACGCCGUCCGAAUCGAUGAGCAGCGGCGGCGGCGGCGACGACGCGGGGGACGGCGGGCGGGCCGAGUGGCAGCGCAUCUACGACCGGGUCGAGGCGCUCGCCGCCGGCCGCGCGCGGCUGGAGGCGCGCAACAGGAUCCAGCACGAGUUCUGGGACGCCCGCCUCCACCAGGCGGAGCUGAGCAGAAGCAGGUGGGAGGCGGCCUGCAGGGAGCUGCUCCCUUCCGAUGAUCCCAAGCUCGCCGAAAUGCUAGAGAGUGAUUUGGAGGAUUCAAGAACUUGUGAAGCUCUCUUGGACACCGAAAACUCAGAACUGCUGGUACAGCUGAAGGAAGUUGGAACUUGUGUACUGCUUAAUGAAAACACUGCGGAUCAUGAGCACAAUUCCGGAGAUUUAAUAUCAGAGCGAAGAAAGUUAAAGCAGGUCUAUGAGUCCAUAUGCUCGAAUAAGGAUAAGGAAGCUACUGAAGCAGUGCAGAAGUUUCAACAGAAGUUAGAGGAGCUGCACGUGGCAGCCUGUAAGAAGGAUGAUGAGAUUGGAAGAUUGCAGGCAGAAGCUCCUGCAUCCACAAAUAAGACACUGGUUCUUGAGGACAAGCUAAAUGAGAUGCACUCCUUGGAUAAGGCGAAUGACAUCCAGAGCCUCAAAGUUGGGCAACCUGUGACUCAUAAACACAAGCUUGCCUUCUUAUCAACUAUACAAUCCAAGGAAGCUGGAAAUAGUGUAGAGAUUAUUCAAGAGAAUGCAGAUCAUGGGGCCAUCGCAGGAGAUUUAAGAGCAGAGCUAAGAAAACUGAAGCAAGCUUAUGAGACCCUUAGCUCAAACAAGGAUAAGGAAAUUUCUGCAGCACUUGCAGUGGAGGAUUUUCUUUUGAACAAACUGCUGAGAAUGGACAAGGACAGCGCAGGGCUCCUCAAGAUAAAGGAAGUGGAGGCAGCACAAGCUAACGAAGCAGCACAAAAGCUUCAACAGAUUGUAGAGGAGCUGCAAGUGGCAGUCCGAUAUAAGGCUGACGAGAUUGGCAGAUUGCGAGCAGAAGCGGGGCCCCUUAAGAUAAAGGAAGUGGAGGCAGCACAAGCUAACAAAGCUGUGCAAAUGCUUCUGCAGAAUGUAGAGGAGGUGCAAGUGGCAGUCAGAAAUAAAGAUGAUGAGAUUGGCAAAUUGGGAGCAGAAGUGGGGCACCUUAAGAUAAAACAAGUGGAGUCAGCACAAAAGCUUCAGCAAAAUGUAGAGGAACUGCAAGUGGCAGUCCGAAAUAAGGAUAUUGAGAUUGGCAGAUUGCAAGCAGAAGCGGGGAUCCUUAACAUAAAAGAAGUGGAGGCAGUAAAAAAGUUUCAGCAGAAUGUAGAUGUGCUGCAAGUAGAAGUACGAAAUAAGGAUGAUGAAAACUGUAGAUUGCGAGCAGAAGCUGCUAAUGCAUUAAAAAUGGUACUGACUCUUGAGGGUAAGCUACUGGAAAUGCAGUCCUUGGUUAAGGAGAAGGACGAUGAAAUACAAAAACUGAAAAUUUGGCAACCUGAGAGUCUGAAAUGCAAAUGUGCUUCUUCUAUACCAGUUGUAAGUAUAUCAUUCCAAGUAUUUGGCCUGCUCAUACUAAACUCUGGUUUCUUUUCCAUAUGUGUGUUUAGUGACCUUGUCUUGCCAUGCAUACAUAUAGUCAAUGUACAAUGUCAUGUUUAUAUGUAAACAUCCUUGAUCAAGUGUAACUAUAAUUAAAUGCAAUUUUAAUCCAAAGUCACUAACAAUUUAAUUGACCACCUGUUGAUAUGUGAUCAUAGUUUUUUUUACUGAUAGGCAUAGGCAAAUAGUCUAAUUUUCCCUUAUUGUUCAAGAAUCAUAUUUCGCCGUGCGCUGCUGUAUAACUUGUUUACUCAGAAGGUAUAAGCAUCAUUAUUCUUGAUAGGCUCACACAUGAGUCUUGUGUUACUGAAAGCACAAACUAGUGGUAAAUUGGUUAGUUUGCUGCUAAUCGAUUUUGCAGUGCCAUCUUUUGUAGAAACUGAGUAGAUCUAAGUAUAAAUGUUCCUUACAAUAAGAUGCCCGUUUCUUUCUCCUUUUGUCAUCCAAGUGAAUCCAACUUUGCGUACAUACACACUGAUGAAUAACCCUGUACACGAGAAUUGUGGUCCGGAUCAGCCGAUUAUUAC